AAUAAAUCGAGGGCAUUUCUGGUAACUUGAGCAACUGUCCAUUAUUCUUCUUCUUCAACCUUCACAGUUCUUCCCCAAAUUUUGAAAUUUUACAAAACUUGCAGAAUUCUCCCCCAGAUUCAUUUUCUUCGAGGUGGAGUGUUGAACACUAAUGUCAUUGUUCUGGAUUCCGUAUCGUCGCUAAGCUGAACUGAUGCCAUGUCCACGAAAAAGAAAUUAAUUACGAGAGAUGAUUGGGAGAAGAGGCUCAAUGAUGUAAAGAUUAGAAAAAAAGAUACAGAUAGAUUGGUAAUGAAUUUUCUAGUUACAGAGGGUUAUGCAAAAGCUGCAGAGAAGUUCAAAAUGGAAUCAGGAACGAAACGUAUCCUUAGCUGAGAUUGAUCUCGCUAGCAUCGAGGACCGGAUGGCUGUAAAUAAGGCUGUGCAGUCUGGUAAUGUGGAGGAUGCAAUCGAGAUGGUUAAUGAUUUGAAUCCCGAGAUAUUAAAAACGAAUCCCCAACUCUUUUUCCAUCUCCAACAGCAAAGGCUGAUAGAAUUGAUAAGGAAUGAAAAGGUUGAAGAAGCUUUGGAGUUUGCUCAAGAGGAACUGGCUCCAAGGGGAGAAGAAAAUGAAAGCUUCUUAGAAGAUUUGGAGAAGACUGUUGCAUUGCUAGCUUUCGAAGAAGUAUCUGAAUGCCCAGUUAGAGAGCUUGUAGAUGUAUCCCAGCGCUUAAAGACCGCAAGUGAGGUAAAUGCGGCAAUUCUUACCAGCCAAAGUCAUGAAAAAGAUCCGAAGCUUCCAAGCCUAUUGAAGAUGUUGAUAUGGGUACAGGACCAGCUUGAUGAAAAAGUUUAUUACCCUCGCAUAACCAAUCUGUCGACUGCAUCACUUGAAAAUCCUGCUGUCUAAAAUACAAUCCAAGUUCCCUUCACUUCACGGUUGCAUGCAUCCUCCCUGAAUAUAGCUAAGGCAAGAAGACCUUAUACUCUUUUCUUUUAACCACUCGUUGCUGGUUGAUUCAUUUUCAUUGAUCUAUGGUUUCUUAGGCAUACGUUAGAUUUGGCAGUAGGAUGUGCAGUUAAUUACUCAACAGACCUAGUUUGUAUUUUCCUUUUUAAAGGUAAUUGAUGAUUAAUAAAAAACUACAUAAUUCAAUGAGGAAAGACUCUUCCUUUGCCAAA